AUGGAGAAGAUGUUGGUAGUGUCGAACUGCACUGAGGAGCAGAAAGUUCUUUUCACCACCUUCAAACUGGUAAGAGAGACUGAACGGUGGUGGCAUGCGAUGAAGCUAUUGGAAGAACAGCGAACAGUACCUAUAGCAAUGACCUGGGGUCGUUUCAAGCAGGAGGAAGAAUUUUUCAACCUGACUCAGGGGCGUCUCACUAUUCAGCAGUAUGCUGCUAAAUUUUUGGAACUUUCCCGCUUCGCACCUUCCAUGGUUUCAGAUGAAUACCAAAAGGCAAGGUGGUUUGAAAGCGGUCUGAAUAAGAGGAUUCACGAGCAUAUGGUGUGUUUGCAGAUUCAAGAUUUCGCAAAACUGGUGGAAAAAACUACUGUUGCAAAGUCAAGUCUGCAGAGAGGUGCAGAUGUGUUAAAACGAAGAAGGAGACCCAUGUCUCCCUGCUCCCAAACAAAUGUCAGACAAGGCUCAUGA